CCUACAGGCCUUGACAGUCACUUUUCUUUCUGUUGCUGUUUCAAUACCAGUAUGGCUAAAGCAGCUAUCGCACUUUUCUUCCUGCUCUUGUCAUUGAUUUCAGUUUGCAAUUCAUCAAUUGUGAAUGGACAGAAAACUUGGUGCGUGGCUAAACCUUCAUCAGAUCAGGCAGCUCUAUUAAACAAUAUAAAUUACGCUUGCUCUCAGGUAGAUUGCAGGAUUCUGCAGAAGGGUUGCCCAUGUUCCUCUCCAGAUAGUCUCAUAAAUCAUGCUUCCAUAGCCAUGAAUCUCUAUUACCAAUCCAGGGGCAGGAACCAUUGGAAUUGCUAUUUUGGUAACUCUGGUCUCAUUGUCAUUUCUGAUCCAAGUUAUGGCAACUGCAUCUAUGAGUGAAAGUUGGGAAAUGACUGAGGAGGAAGAACACUAUAGUCGAUUCUUGUAAUGCUUUUGCUGCUAAUCAUGAAAAAUGUUUCAAGAACUUGAUUCAUUAUGUGAAAAGCACAGAGCCCAAUCAUUUCUGUGAUGAUUUAUUUAACUAAGCGAGAAAAAAAAAAGAGAGAGGAAAAGGGUCGACGAUUAUUAAUUUAUUAUUGCCUUGCAGUUAUGAGAACCAAAAUUUUAGUAGGCA